AACCAGUAUCUCAUUAUCUUCUUCUAAACUCUCUCUCUCAUCGUCAGCUAAUUCUUUCUUCUUCGUCAGUUCUUCCCAAAUUUCUCAUAAAAAAUCCCCCCAGAUUUCCCAUUCAGAGAGAUCUCACUGUGUAAAAACAUCACAUCGUCUGGAACACUAGGUUUGGGAAAUGGAGGAUGAUAAAGAUGUUAAGGGAACUUCUACACGUGAGUGGGAAGUUGUGACUUUAACAGCAUCAACUUAUGCUGCUGCUCCAGGACCAGAAAGCUUAGAGUCAAGUGAUGGUAAUCAGAUGGAUGUCAAUGAUGAUGAAGAAACAUCUCGGGCAAUGUUCAUGUCUGGACAUUUUGUGUUUCCUCCAAGCCAGCACGAAAAUUUACCAUUGUUGUCUGAUGAGAAUGAAAAGGCUGGAUAUGAAAUGGAUGUAGGGGGUUCUGACAAAAACGAAGAAGAAAAUUGGAAUGCUAGAAGAAUGGCAGGUUCAGAUGAGUUACAUGGAAUUCAGUUUUUUGAUGAAAGCGGUAAGAGGUUAUCUGUUCAACCGUCUGAAUUCGAGGAGGGGAGGUCUACGUUUGGCCUAGAUUUGAAUGAGAAAGAGCAGAGUAUCUAUGAUGCUUCAACCCUUGGCUCAAUUCACAAUGAAGCAGAUAUAAGCGGAUCGAAUUUAUAUGAUGAAAACUCAUCUGUUCCUGAAUUUAGUGAUCCAGUGCUGUCAAACCGAGAUUCAUCUUCAGAUUCUGCAAGUCCUACAAAUGUGAACAAAUUCAAUGAAUCUGGCCUUCCGUGUGAAGCUUGGUGGAAAAGGCGUGCAGCUUCCUUGAUUGCGCAAGCAAAAGAUGCAAACGCCAUUUGGUCGGUUGUUGUUGCUGCAACUUUGAUGGGGCUUGUAAUCCUUGGACAACGGUGGCAAUCUCAGCAUGUCAAGUGGCAAACCAUUGUUGGUGAUGAGAGGAUGGCCAGGAUGUUAGGCCCCAUAUCUCGAUUAAAAGAUGUUUUUGUUAGCAGUCAUGGAUCUGGUAAUCUUAUCUCGAAAUGAUCUUUAAGACAAUGAUGGAUUCAAGUUUGCUCUGAUUCUGUAGAAGUUCGUCUGUGAAUGAAAGAAAAACGAAAAUCUCAACAAUAAUGGGUCUACGAGAAUUUUUUACUGAGAAAUUCAGAAGGUGGGUUUUACAAUGAAAAAAAUCUGGAAAAUGGUUUGACUGUCGUUUUCAUAACCUUCUCCAUCUUCUUUGGUUUCUGCAAAUGAAAAUAUGAGAUUGCUAGACCUUGGUUCUUCUGUCAAGUCAUUUGUAUUUAUGCAUCCACUUAGUCGUGUUUAAGGGUCCAUACAUGUUUGUUUGAUAGGUUUCGCUAUAGGGAGGGAAAUAAAGUCAUGUGGGAGGAAAUUUUAUGGUUUUUUAUUUCUUCGAAAAGAGGCACGCCUCACAUAUAUUGAUAAGAAUUUUAUUGUGAUGCCUCACAUAUAUUGAUAAUUC